GGUCUUGAUUUUAAUUCAAUCAUAUGUGAUGAUUGCAAACAACUGGUCAAAACUGUUCAAAGUUUUGUUGCCGACAAUGCUACAGCGGAUGCUAUUAUUACAUAUUUGGACAGUGCCAUUUGUGACAAUUUGAACGAUCAUAUUCGUGAUUAUUGCAAACAAACAGUGAAAGUUCAUGUUCCAGUUAUAUUGCAGUUAAUUGAAGUUCAUUUGGACUCCAAAUUUUCUACUCCCAAUCAGUUAGUUUCACCAAGCAAUCUGAAACUAUGUUCCGGACAAACAACUUACUCGUGGAUCAACCGACCAUCCGGACGAAACACAUUCAUGUUCACUUCUUACGGACCGGUUCCCUUUGUCCACAGCGGCACUGCUACUCCAGAUUGUGCAAGUUGUGUAGCUGUGGUUGAUCAAAUGAAAGAGAGAAUCAAAGAUCCCGAGAUGCAGAGGGAGAUCAAAGAGGAUAUAAAGCGGGAAAUAUGUAACACUUUAGGAUUUAUGCGUGAAGUGUGUAUCCGAGCGAUCGAUAGCCAGUUUGACAACAUGGUUCGAGAGAUCGAAAAAGUCGACUCACAGAAAGUGUGCGCCGUGUUCCGAAUGUGCGGUCCCAAGGCUCUACCGAUUCGUACACAAUCCUUACUGCAAUCGAAUGUUCAAGCCCCCGGACUGUGUCCAUUGUGUGAGCUGGUCAUUGAGAAAUUGAUUGAUAUAGUUGUGGAUAAGAGCACCGAGGCAUCAAUCACUGCUGCAUUGGAUCAGGUCAGUUUCAUUGAAAAUAACGAAGCGUUGCCCACUUGUCGAAUGCGUCCGGUUGUUUAUAUUGCAUAG